AUGUCUAAUGAUGAAAUAAUAAUUAGUAGAGAAAUGGCUCGUCAAAAUGGUAUUGUACAACCUUUGCUAACUGAUUUAUAUCAAAUAACUAUGGCUUAUGCUUAUUGGAAAUCAGGAAAAGUAAACGAUAGUGCUGUGUUUGAUCUAUUUUUUCGUACCAAUCCGUUUCAAGGAGAAUUUACUAUUUUUGCUGGACUUGAAGAAUGUUUAAAAUUUUUGGAAAACUUUCAUUAUUCCAAUAGUGACAUAGAAUAUUUAAAACAAACAUUACCAGCAGAUAUUGAUCAGGAUUUUUUUGAUUAUCUGAAAGACUUGACCUGUAAAGAUGUUAAGUUAAGUGCCAUUGAAGAAGGCUCUGUUGUCUUUCCAAGAGUUCCCCUUUUGAGAGUUGAAGGCCCGCUAAUUAUUGCACAAUUACUGGAGACUACGUUGUUGACUCUAGUUAACUUCGCAAGUUUGAUGGCGACAAAUGCAGCUCGGUAUAGAAUGGUAGCUGGGAAAAACAUAUCUCUUCUUGAAUUCGGCUUGCGAAGAGCACAAGGUCCCGACGGUGGUCUAUCAGCGUCGAAAUACUCGUACAUUGGUGGAUUUGACGGUACAAGUAACGUUCUGGCUGGGAAAAUGUUUAACAUACCAGUCAAAGGGACACACGCGCACUCGUUCGUGACGUCAUUCAGCACACUCGACGAGUUGCAUUCGGUCACGCUCAGACACGCGCAAAAUGGCAGGCAAUGCAACUUGCUAGACCUGGCCGUCGCCUGGCGAAAGCGUCUCUCCACUGUUUUAGACGUGUCUCCCGAAGAGGCCAGCGAUGGCGAACUCGCCGCCCUAAUAUCCUAUGCCCAAGCUUUCCCAUCGGGCUUCCUGGCUUUAGUGGACACUUACGAUGUGAAGAGGUACAAUUUUCAAGGCUUACCGUCACGCCACAAGCAGCAUACGAAUGGGCAUUCUGGCUACAAUAGCAACUGUGGAUCCAAUGGUCGUACAGUCCAAAACCGCUCUAUACGUAGUACGUGUGGAUAUAGCACGGUCGAACGCACACUGAGGAGUGGUUUACUGAACUUCUGCGCGGUAGCGUUGGCUUUGAACGAUUGCGGUUACAAGGCCGUUGGUAUUCGAAUAGACAGUGGGGAUUUGGCCUACCUGUCAGUGCUUGCGAGAGACACUUUCAUUAGAGUGGCAGAGAAGUACCAACUGCCAUGGUUCUCUAAGCUGACCAUCGUGGCCUCCAAUGAUAUCAACGAAGAGACAAUACUAAGUCUACAUGAGCAGGGACACGCUAUAGAUUGUUUCGGAAUCGGCACUCAUUUGGUAACAUGUCAACGUCAACCCGCACUAGGCUGUGUGUACAAGUUGGUCGAAAUAAAUGGGCAACCACGCAUCAAGCUUAGCCAAGAUGUCGGCAAAGUUACUAUACCUGGACAUAAACAGGCCUACAGGUUAUUCGGGGCGGACGGGCACGCGUUAAUAGACUUGCUGCAGCGCUCUUCCGAGCCCGCGCCUGAGGUGGGACAGAAAGUUCUAUGCAGACAUCCGUUCCAAGAGUCCAAACGGGCCUAUGUCAUCCCCAGCCAGGUCGAACAUCUUUAUAAGGUGUACUGGAACGAUGGACGUGUUUUCGAAGCUCCGAAAUCUUUAGCAGAUGUGCGGGAGAGAGUUCAAUCCUGCCUGAAGACUCUACGCCAAGACAUCAAGAGAAAUUUGAACCCCACUCCAUAUAAGGUGGCUGUCAGUGAUGAUCUAUAUAGUUUCAUCCAUGAUCUGUGGCUCCAAAAUGCUCCCAUCGGUGAACUAUCG